UGAACACCGAAGGGCAGGGAUUUUGGUGAAAUGAAAGUGGAAGCAAAGAGCCUGCCGGUUCUACAUCAGAAGUGUAUUUCAGGUCCGGCUUAGAGGAGACUAAAGCCCAUCAGAAGGUACAAGCAAGAGUUCUGUCGCCGUGGACACUGUCACUUUGUGCCCGGCUCUGAAGCCUCAACUCUUGCCAGCCGGACCCCAGGCCCAUGUCAGUGACCCAUGAUGCCGCUCUCCAUGCCCUUCGGGAGGAGCAGGCCAGACUAAAGAGGAGGCUGCAGCAGCUGCAGCAGCGGAGGAGGGAAUUUGGGGACUUCCCUCACCACGACCAGGUCCCAUUCCCGGUGCCCUUCGUCCCCCUGGUGUUCCGAGGACACACUCAGCAGGGCACAGAAGGGUCCAAGCCUUUGGUUUCCAAACUACGGAUCUGCUACCCUCUGCCUGGAGGCUCUGCUCUGGUCACCUUCGACGAUCCCAAGGUGGCCGAGAGGGUGCUGCAACAAAAGGAGCAUAAGAUCGACAUCGAUGAGUGCCGGCUGCGGGUGCAAGUCCAGUCCUUGGAGCUGCCCAUGGUGACCACCAUCCAGGUGUCCACACAGAUAAGCAGGAGGAGUGUGCUGGUCAGUGGGUUUCCUGCAGGGCUCAGGCUGAGUGAGGAGGAGCUGCUGGACAAGCUGGAGAUCUUCUUUGGCAAGUCCAGGAAUGGGGGUGGCGAUGUGGAGAGUCGGAAGCUGCUGCAAAGUGGUGUCUUGCUGAGUUUCACUAAGGAUGCAGUGGCCCAGCACCUGUGCCAGGCUGGCCAGUUUACAGUGCCACUGGGCACGAAAAGCUUCCCUUUGAGAAUCUCUCCCUUCCUAAGUGGGGAGAUCCAGAAGGCUGAGAUCGUGUUCCGGCCAGUGCCCCAGUCAGUGCUGGUGCUCAACAUUCCUGACGUCCUGGAUGGCCCGGAGCUUCAGGACAUCCUGGAGAUCCACUUCCAGAAGCCCUCCCGUGGAGGAAACUUGAUGUGAGCACAGAAGGAGGAACCCUCACCUUCCAGGAGCCCACCUUCCCUUCCACUCUCGGAGGCAACAUCCAGGACCCAGGGUUUGGCUUUUUAUUGACACAACACAAAGGCAGCUUCGGUAACAGUAACGGGGUGGGGUACACAAAAGCAGAAAUCGCCCUUCACACAUUUAGGCCUCAUUUAGACACUGAAGAGGCCGAGCCCCUCCCCCCACCUCCCAUUGGCAAUAGCUGGGCAGUAACCCUCCCUAAUUCCGUAUCAGAGAGCAGAGGGAGUUGUACCCCUGCGCCAGGAAGUCCCCACUUUGGUUCCGGUGGCCCAGGUCCUAACCACCCCCCUCCUUAUUCCCCUGUUCCAUCUCCCCACCCAUGUAAACAAAGUUUGGGGCUGAGUUUGAAAAGCUGCCCUCCUGCUCUGAGAAGGCAGUGGGCCUCCCUUGACUACACAAGAAAUGUGCUUCGAUUUUUACUUUGGUCCCAGAACAAGAAACAGAUGGCAUUGCCUCUCAGAGCUCUGGCUGGUAAAUGCCACACUUAUCUGCAAGGCUGAGAACGCCACCCUGCCUUUUUCUCCUCAACCACCCAGAGAGAAAUGACAGCCCCAGAGACGGGACACGGCACAGACCCCAGGAGGCUAGGGGCUGCCCCCCGCCCCCACUGGCACACACACAGAUUUUUGGCAAUGUUGUGGGACAGCAAAAGCCCACCUCCACCAGAACGAGGAAGGCACUGGGGAGUUCAGGGGUGGAGGAGGAGGUGUGAGACAGGGACCCCCCACCCACCCACACAUGCAAGCACAGGUUUUCCGUUGCUAAGGCACUGAGAACAAAUCCACUAGAACUCAGUGAAGGAUGGGGCGGAGGGGGGGGCUCUGUGUCCCUCCCACAGAGUCGUGACCUAGGGAAGCAGGUCAGAUUCCCACCCUUGUUGUAAGAGGCAACCUUGGUUAAGAGUGGCAGAAAACCUGGAGGUGGAAGAAACCCAGCUGUGCUCAAGGAGACGGGGACCAGAGGACAAGGCCAUGCAACGAGGCAACAGAGUUCAGAGGUGGGCGCCAGUUGGCCUGGGCUGAAGGGACAGGAGGGCGAGACAGGGACAUGCUGGAUUCACACAAAUUGGCCCCAUAUCCUGAGCUGACAUUUCGAUUCUUUGGGGAGGGGAGUGUGGGGCAGGGGCAGGAGGGGAGAUGAGGCAGAGGUGGAAGCACACAGAACUGGACGGAAAAGGACUGGCUAACCUUGGCACAAAAGCAGCACAGCAGGCCCAGGGAAAGGGUGGGGGCAGGAAGCAGCCGGCCUCCCUCUGACCCUCCCUGUCCCCUUGGCAGGGCCCAGACAUCCAAGUGGUCACUUCCCAACCUCUUCGGAGGGCAGGAAGGGGGGAGGGGGCCCUGCCUAAGGAGAAAGAACAGGGCAGGGGAGAGGUCAUCACCACGGAGACCUUCGGGGGCGAGUGGGCAGAGCAUUAUGAGGAGGAUGAAAUGUAAGAGAGUCUGGUGACCAACACAACGUGGCUCCCUAGCUUCUCUCUUCCCAGGUCCCGAGGGUCUGCCAGCCCCGGCCCUAGUUCUCCUUCUCUGGUCCAGGCACCAGGAGGACUUUGCCCACAUUCUUCUUCUCCUGCAUCUGCCUCAUGGCAUCCGCCACCUGGAGAGGAAGACAAGACCCGGUGCCAUCCGGCCCCUCUAGAGAGCCAGCCUAAAGGGGUAGCCCAAGUGGAAGCCACACACAGCGCGGUUGGUCGGCAGCAGCUGCAGCGCAGUCACACUGAACUGGUUCCACCAUGUGCGCGCCAGGGCCAUCAGGUUCCGCUUGGGGCCCGUCAGCAGGUUGGCCAUUCCUGAGGGAUGAGGAGACGCGGCCCGUGAAUCCAGGUGCUGGGCACAUCCCUGUCCAAAUCCAUGCUCAUCCACCCCCUCUGGGCCUCUUGCAAUCAUCCACAGCAGUGCCAGGGAGUGACAGGAUAAUCCCCCACCUGCUGGCUGCCAGGCCCAAAUGGACUCCAGCUGACUCAAAAAUUGCCUGAAUCUUUA